CACCACACUUUUUUUUUAAUUCUUUUCUUUACAACCUCCAUCCAGAGAGAUGUAAGGAAGCAAAAGCUCUGUGGCUGCGGCCGAAUCCAAAACUGGCCAACAUUUCCGGCUUGCUACAAAUUCAAGCUAUGCCGGUGGGUCUUGGUACGUUUCAAGUCUGAAAGAAGCUGACGACGCAAAAGAAGCCGGGCAAGUCAACGGCCCCUCGUGGUCGUGCGUCCCCCCGUGGAGGCGCAGUUCGGUUACCGACCGCAAGCUUGCCAACCCCACAAAACACGAGCCAAUUCACAGCCGAUCUACGAAGCAUUGCCUUCUCGUUGUCUGAUCAGUCUGAUGCAGACUGCAGACAAGGCCUGUAAUGAUGGUACAAUAUACUGUUUUAUUUGUGAUGGUUGGGUUUCGUGCGAGGCUCUUCUCGCCCACACCCCCCUAACACCUCCUGGCUAGGUAACGUUAAACUUUAGUUCGUACUCGAGAUAAUACUUAUUCCCCGUUGCCUCCUUUCCGGUAGGUCUAGGUUAGGUACUUCUUUAUCUUUUUUUCCUUUCAUAUUCUUUCGUCGUCUGUUCAGUUCAUACCUCGUGUAUAUCAUUAGAACAGUAAUAUAGUAUUCGAAGACCUCUUUUCCUUAUUUAUAUUGGACCUAUCUAAGACAACAUGUUUCCUUCGUUAUCAACAUUAUUCACUGUCACCGCGGCCUUGACGGCAACGGUUCACUCGCUGCCGCAGGAUGGCAGUUAUAGGGGUGAAUACGGGGGUUCGGUCUAUUCGUCGGCCUCUUCUUUCGCUUCAGUAACCCCGAGCUCGACGGCGUCUGCGUCUGUCUCUUCUUCGACGACCGCUUGCAACAACUCUCCCGAUCUAUGCAGCCGUUCGUAUAGCGAUAUCACCCAUAUGGGUGCUCACGACUCCGCCUUUCUCCGAGACGCAAGCACGAGUGACUCGAUAGCUGGCAAUCAAUAUUUCAACGCGACUGUUGCACUGGACGCAGGGAUCCGAUUAUUGCAAGCUCAAGUUCACGAUCUGAACGGUGCUAUCGAACUAUGCCACACGUCUUGCAGUUUACUCGACGCUGGAACGCUUCAGACUUGGUUAGGAUCCAUCAAGUCGUGGAUGGACACUCAUCCUAAUGAAGUGGUGACCCUUUUAAUUGUCAACUCCGACGGCAAGAGCGCAGCCAACUUUGGAUCAGUCUUCAGCGGCUCGGGUAUCGACACAUACGGGUAUACGCCGUCGGGUGACACAUGGCCGACAUUGCAGGAAAUGAUUAGUGCGAACAAGCGACUAGUGACUUUUAUCGCAUCUAUCACAGAGGAUAGCCAGUACCCGUACUUGCUAUCCGAGUUUGACCAUGUCUUCGAGACGCCGUACGAGGUAACAUCCCUCUCGGGCUUCAACUGUUCUCUAGACCGCCCAUCCUCUCAGAGCUCGGCCGGCACCGCUAUCCAGGCCGGGAUGCUGCCUCUCAUGAACCACUUUGCGUACAACUUGCUAGGCGCUUCGAUCAUGGUUCCUAACUCGGACAACAUCACAGUCACGAACAGUCCGUCUACCUCCACCACAGGCAACUUGGGUCUUCACGCUCAGACCUGUAACCAGGAAUGGGGUAUUAAGCCCGUGUUCGUACUGGUCGACUUCUUUAACGAAGGUCCGGCGAUAGAAACAGCGGAUAACCUGAAUGGUAUCACCGCUGUUGGUCGAUCCGACGCCGGUAUGAAGGUAACUGUUGCGACAGCUGCUGCUAGUUCGAAACACCACGACCUUGGACUUGGUGCCGAAGCCCUGGUUGCUUUCUUAGCAGCCGCCUUAUUGCUCAUCUGAUGAUUCGAUUUGGAUAUUACAGAAUAGAUAUAGCCGACUUUUAUAACUGUUUUACUGCAUAGCGGUGGCGUUUCAUUGCUUUUUUUUGAGGGGAAGGUAUAAAAGGUUAGCAUCUGGAGCAUAGGCCAGGCAAUCAAGCACUAUCAUAUAGAUUUGAAUAGGCAUGGGAUGUGUAGCCAAAAUCAUUCUUAGAAUGCUCUUUACACUAAGAACGAAUUAUUCUAGAGCAGAGGAUCUGCUGGUAUAUACCUACCUAGGUUUGGAUAGGUACCUUUAUAUAUAGGCUAUGAUAUACCCCGAUUGGUACUGUACCUG